CAUUUUUAUUGCCCGGCUUAUCACUAUCAGAGUUGCAAAAUAUAAUUCUCUAGAUCUAUAUUUAAAUUUCCAGACCAUGUGUGUUUUGUGUCGCAGCGAAGCUCUAGUGUAAAUGUAAAUGUUUAAAUAAUCCGGUGUUUCUAAAUUUGUUAAUAUUUCGUGCGGAAAACGUGAGAAAAUCCCGCAGGAAAAUUCGCCGUUUGAAACAUGAGGAAACCGACUUUCCCGGGCUCUCUCACCGAUCUCCACCGGUUCAGGAAAACAGCCCACGGUCACGACGGAUCCAGCAGGAUCGUGAUGGUCAGGAAAACCGAUCAAAGGACCUUCGCUUCAAUUCAAAACGGACAGGAGCCGAAAUUAGAGACAAUCACGAGAGAGACAAUCGAAACGUUCCGGGGCGAAAGAACCGAAUGCAAAAUCACCACAGAGACGAAAGAUAAAGAAGAAAAGUGCCCCCCCGACAUCGUAGAAGCCUUGACAGAUAAAGUUGGAAAAACCGCUAAAAAACACAUAGUUAAGAAAAAGAACGUGUUAAUGGAGUUCCAGCAGGAGUGCCUUCGGGCCCACAACGAGUACCGGCUGAAGCACGGAGCGCCCCCUUUGAAACUGAACAAAACCAUGUGCAAGGUCAGCCAGGAUUGGGCCAACGAUUUGAUCAGGAAGGGCGUCAUGCGGCACAGCAACAACAAAGAUUACGGCGAGAAUUUGUUCUUCGUGCAAUCCUCGAAUCCGAAUUUCACCGUGACGGGCAAGAGGACCGUGGACAGUUGGUACGAGGAGAUCAAAUGUCACGAAUUCGGCCGAGAGCCCAGCAGCUUGGCUUCGGGACAUUUUACGCAGGUGGUAUGGAAGGAUUCCAAAGAACUGGGAGUGGCCUUCGCCAAGUCGGGCGGCAAGAUAAUAGUAGUAGCCAACUACUACCCGCCGGGCAACAUAAUCGGGCAAUUCGCCGAGAACGUACCGCCUUUAGGCGGCUUCCCGACCAACAACAAUCACAUCGAUCUAGCCAGCGACGUGGCGAAACUGUCCCUAACCGCCCCGAAGAGCCCCAAAUCGCCGACCCCCAUCACCGAAGGCAGCUUCGAGGAGGACUUCCUGGAGGCGCACAACGCCUACAGACGCAGGCACGGCGUGGCGCCGUUGAAACUGGACAGGAAGCUGUGCAAGUACAGCCAGGAAUGGGCGAGCUAUUUGGCGCAGAAGAACAUCCUGGAGCACCGGCCGGGCAGCAACUACGGCGAGAACAUCUACUGCUUGUACUCGUCCGAUCCGAAUUUCACCAUCAACGGGCACACGCCGGUCGAUACGUGGUACGAGGAGGUGGCCCAGCACCCGUUCGGGCGGGAGCCCAACGAUCUGAAGUCGGGGCAUUUCUCGCAAGUCGUGUGGAAGUCCAGCGAGUUCUUGGGCGUCGGCGUGGCGAAAAACUCGCAGGGCAGCAUUUACGUGGUCGCCAAUUACUCGCCCGCCGGGAAUUUCGUGGGGUGUUACGUGGAAAACGUGCCGCCCGUCAAACCGGCUUUCUAUGGGGAAAAGUUGCCGAAUUCCGGUAAAGACGAGGCCGGUGUUUCGACGUUUUCCGGUUGCACUCAAUUCGCUUUAGAUGCUCUCAAAGUUCACAACGAGUAUAGGAGGAAACACGGAGUACCCGAUUUGACUUUAUCUAAAGAUUUGUGUAACUACGCGCAAGAAUGGGCCGAGACGUGCGCCAGAACGUCGAGUUUACAGCACAGGGCGAAUUCCGAAUAUGGCGAGAACAUUUUCUGUCUGUAUUCCUCGGAUUUCAGCCACACUCCCACGGCGAGGGACGCCAUUAAGGAAUGGUACGAUGAGUGCAAGAGCCAUAUAUACGGGGUGGAAAGAGUGAACAGGAAUACGCUGCAUUUCACCCAAGUUGUUUGGCGUGGCAGCACUGAAUUUGGAAUCGGUAUUGCUAAGAACAAGAAGGGGCAAACGUACGUGGUGGGGAAUUACUCGCCCCGAGGAAAUAUCAUCGGGCAGUUCGUCGAGAACGUGCCCAAGGCGAGAUCUUGACGGAUUAAAAGUCCCAAGAAAGUACAUUUUACUUUGUAGUUUGAUGGGUUUUUUGCGAGCCAAAAUAUUUCAGAAACCCUAAAUAAUAAGAUAUAUUUGUAUAAAAGGAAAGUAUUAAGUUUUUUUUUAUUUUAUUGUUUAUUAUCAAAGCGGUUUUUUUACUAAUGUUCUAUACCUAGCGUGUAUCGAGGUGAUUUUUUUUAGAUGAAUUUAUUCAGUAGGAAAAUGGACUGAAAAAUGGGUAAAAUUUAAAAAGCGUGAUUUAAUGGAGACUGUUUUGGUAUAAUAGGUAAAUUUUUCCGAUCGAGCUUAAUGUAAAUAUUACUGCAAUUUUUGUACUUAUAAUAGUAACACGUUCGUCCACUGAAAGGCCUAUGUGAUUCGAUAUUUAAAAAUAUUAGGAAAAUUUUGGAAAAUUCCUUGUAUUUGAAAUUCACACGCAAUCAAUUUGUCCCUUUUAAAACCAUUAAAAAAUAUGUAAUUUUGACUGAGGGCAAUCAUUCGUAAUGUUUAAGGGAUUUAUUGUUAGGAAAUUUCAGGGGAACUCCCGAAUAAUAUACAGCACUUUACCAAAGAUUAUACAAGAUAAAGCAGUUAAAAAUUAAUUAAAAAAACUAUCAAUAUUUUAUUCGUACGUACUAACAUUCCUAUUAUUAUGUAUUUUUUUUGUAGAAAAUGAUGUUAAUUUUCAAACAUCUAUGUAUGUACAUAUAUCAAUUCGUUUAUGUUAAUAAAAUAUUUCGAAAAUCUAA